AUGGAUCCAACUGGUGUUGUUCGACGAGUUAUUAAUAAACCGCGAGAUAUUAUUCCAAGAAAUACAACAAUUAAUCCUGAUACGUUAUUAGAUGUACCAGAAUUUACGUUUAUAUAUAAUGAUGCUGAUACAAUUCAUGCAGAAAUAGCUGAAUUGUAUACAUAUUCCGAAGAACCUGAAUUUGUUUGGAAUGCUGAAGCAUUUAAUAUCUUAUUUCAAGCUAAAUAUGGUGAAAAUAAAAAAUGGAAAGACUACUCAAAAGAUGAAAAGAUUGAUUUUAUUAUUUAUUUAUUGGAACAAUGUGAACUUGUAGAUCGAACAAGAAGAUGUCAAGCUAUGAGAGCUAUUCUAUAUCUUGUACAAGGUAUAAUCAAAUGA